AUGAAUUCUUCAGCAACUCUUGGCAGCGAUGCCCAACUCGUUUCCAAAGAAAGUGACAUCAUAUUUCCGGCCACAAAAUACCCCUCUUCUCGCCGGACCCCAUCAUUUUCCUCCUGCUCAUCACUUUCGCCAUCUUCUUCUUCCUUUGAUUCUUCUUAUUUCCCGGACGAUUCCCCACUUAACCCUUCCAUCCCACUUAGAUAUUCCGGUGUCCCAUUUUCUUGGGAACAACUUCCAGGAAUACCCAAGAAACAAGUCCCCAAGAAGAAGGAGCCCUUGUCAAAGCUUAAUUUGCCAUUGCCACCACCCACAACUUCGACCCCGAAGAAAUUCAACACGGAAGAUUCUGGGGAUCGGAAGAAGAAUUCUAGGCAGAGUACUCUACAAAGGGAUCCAUUUUUUGCCGCAUUAGUUGAGUGCUCCAAGGAUGAUGAUCAUGAAGAAUUAUCAAAUCGUAGUAGUAUUUGGAAUCAAGCCAAGGUGUCGAGGAGUUUGAGCGAUCGCUUUGGGUUUAUCAAUCUUUAUGCUUCUUGCAAGAGACCUAGCGCAAUCUCAGAGUCAAUAGUCUAUCUUCCAAGAUCAAGCCGACAUUCUUUCGAUCUAAUUUAUCAUCGUUCCCGCUGA